AUGAAGUACCAGCGUCUUGGCUCUCUAGCCCUUGCGGCCCUCGGUGCAAGCACAGCUGUCUCUGCGAGCCCACUUGUCCAGCGUGAGGAUAAUGGCCAGUGCCCACCGGGAUACUCUAUGAGCGUUUACUACAUCACCGUCACAGCUGAGCCUACUAUCGUCUCGACUGCUGCCGUUGAAAGCUCUUUUACUCCUUCCACUACUUCCACUUCUACGUCUACUGCCAUUUCUACUAUUACCUCUACUACUACCUCUACUACUACCUCUACCUCUACCUCUACUUCUACUUCUACUACUGUGGUUGUAUCCACAACCGCAGCUGGUCUUAUUGAGGCUAUCCCUUUGGUGUCCACUUCUACCGCUGAUGUCUCUGCCGUUGAGACCUCCACCACAUCGUCGAUUGCUGCUGAAGAAACAGCCGCUGUCCGGGUCGCCAGCUCCGAGACUUCUACUGCUACUUCUACCACUACCCUCGCAGCGACUACUGCCACUACUACAACGGCUACUACCCAGGCCCAGUCCACUGCAACCACUAAAGCCAUUGCUGCUGCCGUUGAUACUACUUCCACAAGCUCUGGAACCGUGAACUCCGGUAGGGCCACUUUCUACGGUGGCAACGUGUCUGGCGGAACCUGCUCGUUCACCGGCUACACCAUCCCAUCUGGUCUCUUUGGCACGGCCCUCUCAGGUGAGCGAUGGGAUAAUGCCGCUGAGUGUGGUGCCUGUGUCUCCGUCACCGGACCCAACGGCAACACCAUCAAAGCAAUGAUCGUCGACAAAUGCCCAGAAUGUGAAUCCAAUCACCUUGAUCUCUUCCAGAACGCCUUCGCCGAACUAGCCGAUAUCUCCAAGGGCAUCAUCCCCAUCAAAUGGUCCUACGUCUCCUGCGACAUCGACACCCCACUCAUCCUCAAGAACAAGGAAGGCACCUCCCCCUACUGGUUCUCCAUGCAGGUCGUGAACGCCAACGAAGCCAUCACCGCAUUCGAAGUCAGCACCGACAGCGGCAGCACCUGGCAGUCUACGACGCGCUCGUUCUACAACUUCUUCGAGAACAGCUCCGGAUUCCACACCGACACCGUCGACGUGCGGAUCACCGGCGAGUCCGGCAAGAAGAUUACCGUGAAGAACGUCGGAUGCGCGUCGGGCUCUACCAUCACUACCGCCACGAACUUUUAA